AUGAUUCAUCACAACUUCAUGGUUCAUCCACCAGAAAAACGAACAACUGUCAUGCCAAUCGAACCGGCCCUAUCCAAGGCUCACCGAAUUCCGAGACAUAGCCACCGUGAGGGGAUCGCACAUCUAUCGGCAAAUCAGAACAACAUAUCUGUGCACGACAGCACACUGCCCGUAAUACCACCGGCCAGGAGACCGAUGCCCAAAACCAAGCCCCCAAAUAGAAGGUCCGGUCCAACCGGUUGUGGUGCGUGCUGCGCUCUUGCAUACCGGACAGGUUCUAUGAAACGUAAAACCCUUUCUUCCCCGGCCAGCUCCAUACCACCGCGUCUGAUCACUCUCGAUGAGGCAGAGUUCUCGCGCUAUUUUCACACUCCACCAACCCAUUGUGGUGAUUCCACCUAUGCAGUGUAUCGUGCCUUGUUGAGACAACGGAAACGGGAUUUACUCGGUGAAGCCGUCACAUGGACGGAUUGGACCAGUCUGUCUACCGCCAACGACACGAUACAAUCAAAUCUGAGUGAGGUGAGCGUCCCUGUGGAAAUCGGUCCACGACCAACAGAAUCCACUUCGUUGUCACCUAGCGUGUUGGGAACUAUGUCUGUUCUGGGUAACCACAGAUUCACAUUACGAUCAACUUGGAAUAGUUUCAAACGUAUAUUGGCUCGUUUGAAAUAUAAAACGCAAGCUGUCAAGCGUUCGAGGCAUAAUAACACCCUGUCUCAGUUGACUUCUCUUCAACCCACGCCAAGAAGGAGCCCAGCAAAAUCGUUAUUAAGUUUCGCAAUGCAAUCUCCAUCCCCUCAGCCAAGUCAAUGGAAUAAAUAA